AGGUUUUGGAUGAAGUUAGAGUUAGUUUAGUGUCAAGGUUGGUGGUUAUAGAGUGGUUAUAGUUAUGGUUAUAGUUAUGUAGUGGUUACAGUUAUGGUUAAAAUAAGUUUCCAGGACAUUAAUGAAAAUCCCACACCUCUUCAGCACAAUUUUGACUGGAUGGCAGCGAGUGAGACAAAGAGAAAGAGAGAGAGAGAGAGAGAGAGAGAGAGAGGGAGGAGUAGGCAUCCAUGGCAUCUGGACACUCACAGGAGUUCAGACAUGUAAACGCAAAGGAGAAUCGAUGAGCCAUUUUCUUUCUUCCACAGUCAAAGAUAAAAAGCAAUUAGUGAACCAGAGAGGACUGAUAACAGCGGCUUCUACACAGCUUCAAUGACGCCACCAAAACCCCCCAGGACAAACUACAUGAUGAAGUCCACUAUCACCAGUUCCUAUGUCUGCCCACAGCCAGCUUACGAAGACCCGGAUGCAUCAAUGCCUGCCAUCAUAGAUGGAGGCCAGUCAGAGGUUAAAGUCAAGCCUGUGCCUCGUCCCAGGUCUAAAUUACAUCCGAUGGUUCAGAGUAUCACCAACAACACUGUUGACUCUGUAGACAAAACUAGCAAUACAACCAAUGGAGUGAGCCCCCAAUACUAUGAAUAUCCUAUCGACUACAGGAGGCCUUGUCCUGUUCGUCCUCCUCCUAAACCACCAAUUACCAAAUUUCUGACCUCCAGUAAACCCACAGCAGCCUGUGAAGGAGGCAGCCAACAUAUGAGUUCAAAUACCGAGCCAGAUGUGAAGGCUCCAGCUGUCAGUACUGAGAGGACACAAAAUCUUUCUCCUCCCCGUCCUGAACGCCCCUCUCCUCCCUCAGUCUAUUAUGACAGACCACCAUCUGCAAUGGGGAUACGAUCUAAGAACCUCACUGAGGAGUCUCAGCAAUCCACAAUCAGCUCCAUGCGACAAACUCCAGUCUCACCAGCUUGCUCUGACGAAGUGGUGAGCCUCUGUGGGUCUUACAGUGAAAUGUCCAUAGACAGUACAGACAGACCUGCAGUUCCACCCCGAUUCAGGCGGCCCUCCCUCUCCUGCUCUGCCUCAGUGUAUGAAACCUCACCUCUACAGACCAGACCACCACCACCUCUAUUCAACCCCCCACCACCGCCUUCAACAGGGACCCCACUGGAGUCCGUGUACAGUGAGACAGAGUCUCGUCACUACCUGGAUGUUCUGCCAGAGGAUGAAAAUGAGAUGACACAAGGGAGGUCAAUGACUUGUUCCAGGCUACGCUACCAGAGCGGCUCCUUCUCUUCACAUCUACAGACCACAGAGGACACAGAGGACAUCAAUGGGAUGUUGAGAUGGCUAAAAAGAGUGUCAAAAUCUGAUUUCAUGUCUCCGUCGGUGUAUGGCGUCAGCAUGGAGGAGGAAAUCAGAUCGUUUAACCAGAGAGCCAUGAAUGUGAGCAAGGCCCUGCGCCUCUACAACCUUCUCAUGAUGAAACGCGGUGAACUCCUGAGGAACGUCAUCACGGAGUUCAGCUCCAUCUCCAAGAGCCUGGACAAGAUGCAGAAGACGACCAAAACCAUGGGCAUCGCUGGAGGCACCACAGGUGCUGUGGGAGGGGUGACAGCAGUGGUGGGCAUUGCCUUGGCUCCUAUGACCAUGGGGGUCUCACUGAUUGCUACAGCUGUCGGUGCUGGCAUGGUGGCAUCGGCUGGGGGUUUGGGCGCCCACUCUGUUAAGACCAACAAGAAGACUGUGAAUAGGAUAAAAGUGGAGGAACUAGUAAACGAAUAUAAGGCAAACGUUGUUGACCUGGAACAUUGUCUGGAUUUUAUCCUCUCUGGGAUGAAUGAGCUGCGAAGGUUUGACAUUGCCAGGUUACAGAGGGCAGGAGCGCUGCCCGACGCACUGAAGAUGGCACAUCUGUCACAGUCUGUGUUUAGGAAUAACCUGAACCAUGGCAGGAACGCCUCUGUCUCACACACAGGUGGCAUGUCAUCUGAGAGGCUGCUCCUGGCUUUUGUUAAGGAAAUGGAUCAGUAUUUUACAGAAAACAAUGGUCAGAAGUUGAAGAAGUCGAAGAAGAGCAGGUUUUCAGGUAGGGUCCGCCUGCUGGCUGAAAAUCUGCAGGAUGACCUGGAGUACCUGAAUCGUAUGUGGGAGAUGUUUAGCUGAAUCAGAGGACUCUUUGUGUAUGUGCGUGUGUGUGAAUGUUUUAAUUGGUGCGAUUAAAUUUAUUAUUUACUAUAUAUACUUAAAUAAACAUUUUAUAACUGCAGAACCUGUGAUUUAUUAAAGCCACUUUUUAAGGGUAGGUCAUGAUUGUAGUUUGACG